CACACACACACACGGAUGAACGAGUUGUGUUACAUGUGUGGUUUCAAGUGGCUUCUUCAAUAUAAAAUUAAUUGUUUUGGAUGUAAACAAAUGAAAAAGUCAUGAAAGUAAGAAGAAGAAGAAAGACGUGUUCAUCUCAUCAAUUCAAGAAAAGCGACAUCAUCACCUUCAGACAUUCAUCCUCCAGGUUCUUCUGAGCUCUGGAGGCUCGGGACCUCGAGAUGAGACAACAGCACCGUGUCUUCAUCUCCAAACCUCAAACAUGGCAGCAGACACCAGACAAACAUCCUCCCCUUCCUGUUUCACGUGUCUCUACCCACUUUUCCCUCCAUCACCUCCUGGCGUUCAUCUUGGUUCUCCUGCCCCACCCCACUGAGGCGGCGUGGUUUCGGGUUGGGGUGGUGGGACCGUGGGAAUGUGACCCUCUGUUUGCUAAAGCUCUUCCCAGCGUGGCGGCACAACUCGCCGUCAACCGCAUCAACAAAGACCCGUCACUGACCUAUGCUGCGACGUUUGAGUUCACCGUCCUGCAGGAACCGUGUGAGACAUCGCGGGCACUGGAGGCGUUUGUGGGUUUCCACACUAAGGCGUCAGCGUACGUUGGACCGGUCAACCCCGGCUACUGUGACGCUGCAUCUAUGUUGAGUAAAGGCUGGAACAAAGCCUUGUUUCCUUGGGCUUGUGUUGGCUACGAUCUGGAUGAUGUCCGGCACCACCCGACCUUCGCCCACUCCUUGGCGAGGCCCACUUGGGUGCUGCUAAGCAUCAUGAAUUACUUCAGGUGGGCCCACAUUGGCGUCAUCUCCUCCUCAGAAGGAAUCUGGGUGGAAACGGCCACAAAGGUCGCUGAUUCCUUGAGGAGUCAUGGUCUGCCGGUCAGACUGGUCAGUUUCAUGGAGAACACACCUCACGGCAUCAGACGAACUCUGGCCAAGUUUCGCAAGAGGAGUGAACUUCGAGUUGUGAUCCUGUGCAUGCACUCUGCAUUGAUUGGUGGCGAAGUCCAGAAGCUUCUGUUAGAAACGGCCUACGACAUGAACAUGAUCGACGGCUCCUUGGUCUUCGUGCCGUACGACACAUUGCUCUACAGCCUUCCCUACCGCAACGUGACCUACUCAGCUCUAAAGAGCAACAGCAAACUGCUGCGGGCCUACGACGCCGUGCUGACCAUCACUGUUGACUCACCCGAGACGUCAUUCUACGAAGCCUACAGAGACGCCAUGGACAGAGGAGAGGUGGCGAGGACGCUGAAGCCCCAGCAGGUGUCUCCUCUCUUUGGGACCAUCUACAACUCUGUCCUCUUCACGGCUCAUGCAGUGCAUCAUGUCCGGCGUUCUGGGGAGUGGAUGUCUGGAGGGAACCUGGCAAGACACACCCACCACCUGGCCUUUCAGGGCUUCAGCCACCCAUUUAAAACCAACGGCUCUGGAGCUGCUCUGCUAAACUACCUCAUACUGGACACAGACGGACUCUCCUGGGAGCUGAAUCCAGUGUACAGUAUUGACAUGGAGGCCGGUAUGGUUCGCUUCCUGGGCCGAGACAUUCACUUCCCUCGAGGCUAUGGGCCCAGGAAAGACGCCUCCUGUUGGUUCACUCCUGGAGUCAUCUGCUCAGGAGGUGUGGAUCUCUUCACGACCAUCAGCAUGUUUGUUGGGUUGAUUGCCUUCUCUGUUUUUUCUGUGGCGUUUCUUUAUUGCAUCAGACGACGCAUCCAACAGAUUCGACUGGUCAAGGGUGCAAACAAGAUCUUGCUGACUCUGGAUGACGUCACGUUCAUAAACCCGUCACUUAGCAACAAGAAGCUGAGCCUGGACGACAGCAGAGCCAGCGGCAUGAGGAGCGUGUCCGACCACAGCGUUGUCUCAUCGGCCUCAACGAUCACCCCGGCGACCUAUGAGAACUCCAAUGUUGUUAUUUUUGAGGGUGACUGGGCUUGGCUGAAGAGGCUUCCUGACGGGAUGUUCAGCAGAAUCAACCCAAAAACCAGUGACCUGUUUGAGCUGAUGAAGGACAUGCGUCAUGAGAACGUCAACCCGUUCCUGGGCUUCUUUCACGACUGCGGCGUGUUUGCCAUCGUGACCGAGUUCUGCUCCAGAGGAAGUUUGGAGGACCUGCUGCUGAACGACGACGUGAAACUCGACUGGAUGUUCAAGUCCUCGCUGCUGCUGGAUCUCAUCAAGGGUAUGAAGCACCUCCACCACCGCGGCGUGUCCCACACUCGUCUGAAGUCCCGUAACUGUGUGGUUGAUGGUCGAUUUGUUUUGAAAAUCACUGAUUACAGCUACAAUGAGGUUCUGGAGUCUCAGAGGUUUCCUUACAUAGAACCACCAGCAGAAGAGUUGUUGUGGACAGCUCCAGAGAUCCUGAGGGCCGGACAUGCGGGGUUACAUGGGACUCUGCCUGGAGAUGUGUUCAGUUUUGCCAUCAUCAUGCAGGAGGUGGUGAUCAGAGGGCCUCCAUACUGCAUGAUGGACCUUCCAGCCUCAGACAUCGUAGAGAAGCUCUGUAAGCCGCCUCCACUGUUUCGACCCGUGGUCAGUCCAGAUUACGCUCCGAUCGAGUGCAUCCAGCUGAUGAAACAGUGCUGGAAUGAACAACCAGACAAGAGGCCCAUCUUUGACGAGAUCUUUGACCAGUUUAAGGACAUCAACAAGGGGAGGAAGACCAACAUCAUUGACUCAAUGCUGAGGAUGCUGGAGCAGUACUCAUCCAACCUGGAGGAGCUGAUCAGAGAAAGAACAGAGGAGCUGGAGAUCGAGAAGCACAAGACGGAGAAGCUGCUGUCACAGAUGCUUCCGCCAUCUGUGGCGGAGGCUCUGAAGGUUGGAGGAACAGUCGAACCGGAACACUUUGACAGCGUGUCGCUUUAUUUCAGCGACAUCGUCGGUUUCACCACCAUCUCUGCAAACAGCGAACCCAUCGAGGUGGUCGACCUUCUCAACGACCUCUACACCAUCUUUGACGCCAUCAUAGGAAACCACGAUGUCUACAAGGUGGAGACGAUCGGGGACGCCUACAUGGUGGCAUCCGGUGUCCCCGUCCCUAAUGACAACCGUCACGCCGCAGAAAUCGCCAACAUGGCUCUGGACAUCCUGAGCGCCGUGGGAACAUUCAAGAUGAGACACAUGCCUGACGUCCCUGUCAGGAUACGGAUAGGACUGCACACAGGUCCAUGUGUAGCAGGUGUGGUUGGUUUGAAGAUGCCGCGCUACUGUCUGUUUGGAGACACAGUGACCACCGCCUCACGUAUGGAAUCCAGCGGGAUGCCCUACAGGAUCCACGUCCACCAGAGCACAGUGAAGGUCCUGCAGCAACUCAAUCUCGGCUACAAGCUAGAAUUACGAGGCAGGACAGAAGUUAAGGGGAAGGGAGUCGAGGAGACCUUCUGGCUCGUAGGAAGAGACGGAUUCACCAAACCUCUGCCUGUUCCUCCAGAGGUGAAAAGCGGCGAUGGAUUCAGCUUCACCACAAACGAGUCCAAGGACCUGAAGCAGGUUUUUCACAAGGCGGUGAGGAAGAUCUCAAACGUCCUCGUCAUGACUCAACUCAACGCCACCGAAGACGACAAUGUCAUGAUGUCCCAUCACUGACUGAAGAACAGUAGUCCUUGUGGAGACCCAAACCUGAUCCAACUGUGGUUGUGGAGUAGAGUGAGUUGGUUUCACCAUUGAAGUAAAGUUGUUUUCCCAUUAAAUAAAGUGG